AUGGCCUUGGAAGAGCUCAGAGUGGGGUAUAUCAUCGUGAACGUGCUGGUUCUGAAAGCUGGCUCUUCGCCCCUGAAGCUCUGCAGUCUGCGCCUGAAGAAACUCACGGUGCUGAAAGAGCUGGACAAAGAGCUAAGCUCUGUGCUUAUCGCUGUGAAGAUUCAGGGUUCAAAGCGAGUCCUGAGAUCAAACGAAUACGUCCUCCCGCCUGGCGGCCUGAUGGAGACUGAGCUGGAGCUGACCUUCUCACUACAGUACCCACACUUCCUCAAGAGAGAUGGCAACAAACUACAGAUCAUGCUGCAGCGGAGGAAGAGAUACAAGAACCGCACAAUCCUGGGCUACAAGACCCUUGCAGUGGGCAUCAUAAACAUGGCUGAGGUGAUGCAGCACCCAACAGACGGCGGGCAGCUUCUGGGCCUCCACAGCAACAUGAAGGACGUGAACAUCCGAGUGGCUGAAAUCAGCAUCUACUCGUUGUCCAGUCAGCCCAUUGAUCAUGAGGAUGGGAGUGUCCCCUCAGGUCCUAAAAUCAAAGCUUCAGAUCGCUCCCCAGACAUUGAUAACUACUCGGAAGAAGAGGAUGACAGCUUCUCCUCAGAGCAGGAAGCCAGUGAUGAUGCUGUGCAGGGUCAGGAUCUGUUUGACGAAGAGGAUGACUUGAGGAAAACCAAGAAGGCUAGGAGGAAAAUGAUCCGAACCACAUCAAUGACCAGACAACCAAACUUCAAGCAGAAAUUUGUGGCUUUACUGAAGAGGUUUAAAGUGACGGAGGAGGUCCUGGACUCUGACCCUGUAGACCAGACCCAGGAGGUGGAGGAAGACCUGGGCUUGCUCUAUGACAGCCUGGAAGAGUGCAACAACAGUGACAGCGGCCCAGAGAUUGAGGACAAUGAAAGUGUGCACAGCACACCCAAGCCCACCCUGAGGCGUUUCUUUGAGGGAGUCUCUCAUUCUGGUUCCCAGACUGAGAUCGGCAGUCUGCACAGCCAGAAAGGGCAGGAUCAAGAGUCGGGCAGCCCUGGCGAGGCAGACAAGCGGAAGCCGGGGGCGCUGCGACCGCAGGAGGAGCCAGGAGCGGAGGUCCCUGCGGUGGAGCUGGCCGCAGAGGAGCCGUGUUCCCGGCUGGGUGCCAUGAGAGAGGGCAGUGUGGACAGGCUGGCCCAGCUGGGCCCCGGGACCAAAGCCGAGCUCCCCAGUGCCGUGUCCCCCAGCAAGGCCGAGAGCAAGCAGUUGUGGCGUCCCCGCAGCACCUCUGUGAAGGACCGGCAGAGCUCAAAGGGACAGGGUGGCCGUGCCAGCAGCCUGGACAGCGAGAGCUCUCCAGACUCGUGGCACAGCACCCAGGUGCCCCGAAAGUCUGUUUACGAUCAGCUGAACCAGAUCCUGGUCUCAGAUGAGCAGCUCCCGGAGAGCAUCGUGCUGGUGAAUGUCGCCGAGUGGCAGGGGCAGUACGUGAGUGAGCAGCUCCAGGCGCACAAGCAGUUGGUCGUGUCCACCUGCUCCGUGGCGGACAUCCAGGCAGCCUUCAACACCACUGUCUCCCGCAUCCAGCGAUACUGUAACUGUAACUCCCACAUGCCUCCCCCAGUGAAGGUGGUGGUGGCGGGGGACCAGAGCUACCUGAGCGUUGUCCUCCACACUGUGGACAUUGCGGGCCGUGUCGCCCAGUUCAUCGCUGGAGCCAGCCUCUCUCACCAGCUCCCCAUCUCUGAGGCCAUGCUGACGUACAAGCAGAAGAG